UUUUCCACAGGUUCUUGUCGCUAUGUCUCAUCAAACAAAUCGUUCCUAUUCUCGUUAUAUAACAUCAAUGGCUACGUUCCUGUUAAGGUGAACAUCAAGUCAGGUUAUUACAGUGGCGCUAUUCGCACAUGUUCUGAUAGGGGACCAGCAUUUGGUGGAGGACACGACUGGUGGAUAGCCAAUAAUGCUGCAAGCAACCGCAAUUCCUACACCUACUGUGGCAGCUCCUAUCCCCUCCCCCCUGGGUACUCUGCAUCUGGUCGCUCCUGUCAAUUUUAUGCAGGAUCCUACAAAUUCACUCCCACUGAUGUUGAAGUGUUCUACCAGACAACAACUUAGUGUGUUUAUGCAAACUUGUUUGUUGACUUAGCCAACUUUCACGGACCUGGUUUGGCAAGACUAGAAAUGAAAGUGAUCAUCUUGAAAUUCUAGUUUAUUAUUCAGCUGUCCUUGAAUGUUUUCACUUACAACUUAAAACCAUUUAAUUUGACAAUUAUAAGCAAUUGUCCUAUCUCAGCGUAGCCUCCCACACAGGCGUUUUUCAAGGAGUUCGUGAGAAGGGAGGAAAUAAGACUCCCCUAAAAACGCCCUAUGGGGAGGCUAAUCUCUGAGACAUUGAGAAUCCUUUUGAUUUGCACUUAGGCUAGCCUUAACUAGUUUGAAAAUCAGUUUGAAUUUGACUUUAGGAAAAGAAUUUUCUUUACAUGACCUUUUCGACGGAAGAAUGGAGCUUCCACAUUUAAUGUUACAGUGCGGAAAAUGCACCAAAAUGUAAUUUACAAGUACAGAAUACCAAAACCAAAAAUCCAAGUAAACCACUUAACACGGUGCGCGACAUAAAACGAACUCGACGAGAAGUGACGGAUUGAACAGAUUUAUUGAACCAGAGAUCAGUGCUCCUAGCACAGAGGUCACAACUUGACACAGAAGAAUCGACGGGGUCGAUUGACAAGACAAAAGGGUCCUUAAGUUGUGAAAUCAAUACAAGCCGUACAAAGUCGGUUCGAACUGAAAACGAUAAAAUCGAACGAAAACUUAGCUAAAAAUACAUAGAGUGCAAAUAUAUCUGACUAAAAACCGAUGAUACCAAAUAGCGAAUGAGAACUAAAUAACACUAGAAAAUACACUAAAUCAGCCUAAAAAGUGAAUACGACGAUAAAACUGCUGGUAUCAAUCACUCAGCAUACUCAUAUUGAAGAGUAGCGCAUAAUAACCCUUAAAACCACUGUAGCUCAGUGAUGACAAGACUAAAUAGAUUCCUUGCAUAAACAGAAAAGAUUACAACAACGAUGUUGCAAAUUGAAUAACCAAAACUAAGUUCUUUAAUUCCUAUGAUGAAAUCGAUACUGGAAAAACUAGAAAGAAAAGGAAAACUAUACUCACUUUGGUUUACACACACACCAGUGUUAUCUUGAAUCAAAAGCUAAGCUGAACUUGAUAGUUGAUGAGCACGAGUGUAGAUAGAAAUGAAGCCCCAAUGGCUGACAGAAGUUAACACCAUGAAGUCUACACUAGAACUGAACUAACUAAGAUGAAAACGCUAAAUUUGUAAUAAAGAAAACGUGCUUGAAAACGAUCUAGAAAUUAUUACGUAUUUCCCAGGCGGACAUAACAAAAAAGGGCUGGGAAAGUAGCCGUGGGCUGAUCAAUGAAAAUCAUCAUUUAUGUAGGCGAUAAUCGAUUUAUAAUAACUACUGUAAGCACGUUCGUGCACCAAUAAGGGAUAACGAAAAGAAAUCACGUUUCAAAACCAACACCAAGAGUAUGUAUAAUUUGCUUUCGAGUGGGUUAUGUGUCACGGCCAGGCGGUGUGCGUCACGACCCACAAUGGUUCAUGGGUAAAACUGUUACUGUGCCUCAUUUCAAUCGUGACACGGACGAGUUCGCAUCUCGUAGGAGAAAUGAAUCAAACCCAGGGAUCAAAACACUGCUGCCUUUUCCGAAAAACAUUACGCAAGAGAGCGAUUUCGAGAAAUUUCAAGAUCUCAUAGUGGCCUUAGAUGCUUGCUAUUGGCUUCACAAGACAAUUUCAAGAAGUUUAUCGCGAUUCGGAGACGAUCGUGCGACCUAGCCGGCUUUGAGCGGCGACUAAUUUCCUGCUUCUCAUAAGAUUUUAUGUACUGUUUGGUUUAUAUGUAUGUUUUUAUCUCACAGUUAAAGAGAUAUGUAGUUCAUACCUGCAUUUGCUUAACUAAAAAAAAAUUCAUUCAUUAGAAGUGUUUAUAUAUUUGAUGGACUUUCUUACCCGCAAAGCAGGGGGAGCGCGUGCAAACAGCAAGGUGAGAAAUCGUCUCUCAUAACAAUUUUAUUUUCAUCGACAAGUUUAUAUUAUUUUGAAAACAGUGCCCGCUUGAAAUCCUUAUGAGCAAAUAAAUCUUCAAUCAGGCAAGGGGAAAACGGACCGAAAGAGCCGAACAGCUGCAGCACAAUCGGAAUUUCACCGAAGCUACAGCCGCAGAAAUAAACAGUGAAAUAAACCACGAUCUUGUCUGUGCGGUCAUUGAAGUGAGCGCAGUAUAUCGAUCUUGUUAUAAAGUAAAACCUACCCUCACAGUUUUAAAAUCCUGUAUGUUGUCUGGAUCUUCGAUAAUGGUGUUGUGUUUUGGUAGAGAUUUAUAACAAUUUAUUCCCUCACGUAUUAAAGUUUACACAAAGAUAGCACACACCGCAUGCAAAUUAUUUUAAAGUCACGCUUUCAGUUUCCGCACUGGGUUAUGAAAAAUGUCUUGUUUCCAAAGGUUAUUACAAAAUUCAAACUUAUUUACCUUUUGUGGUUUAAAAUAGAACAAAGUCUUCCUGGAUUUGGCGUUACUCGCUUCACGUCGGCUUCCGCUUCGGCAUGUUUUCUCAGCCCGUUUCCCGGGAGUUGUGCCACUUGGCUGAGACGAUGUCUUAAUUCCAAGACACUUUCAACGGCUCAUAACUGGAAAACUAACAGGGGUAGACCCGGGUAGACCCCGAAAAUUGCAAAGAAGAAGGGUUGAAGUAACAAGAUGGCCAAAAUAAUUCGAUAAAACCGCUAACAGUAACCAGCAAUAAAUCCAAGAAGAACGGCAAAAACAACAUUCAAAUCCUCAUGGCGGCCCGCACAUGACCGAGCAAUUCAAACUCGUCACAAACGCUCAAGAAAGCAAAAUAUUUAAAAGUAACGCAACUGCUAUCAAGAUAUAGUGUUCCAACAACUUUCCACGGCGGUAUAGUGUCGAAAUUACCAACACAAGCUUGGAAUAAAGCGAAAAUUUCACCACGUAUACCUCCGCAAACAGCUCUUUCCGAGCGCGAAAAUCACUCUACAAAUGACGCAUUCUGAUUGGUCGAAUCUCGUGACGCACACCGCCUGUGUCACGGCUAAAUACAUGGAUGUCAUAUUGCAGGGGCGGAUCCAGGAUUUUUUUUAGGAGGGGGUGCACUCGUCUCUUGCUCUACUUCAUCACCAAUAAACCACAUAGUUUUUUUUUGCAGAAUACCAGUUGUAUUAGAAAACCGCAGGUCAUCUCAUGAGGGGGGGGUGCGCACCCUCUGCACCCCCCCCCUAAAUCCGCCCCUGUAUUGGAGCUGCAGAUUAAAAAAAAAAAAAAAAAAAGAAGAUAUCUUUUCCCUUCCCUGCUAGAGGAGGUCUCUCACGACGAGGCAAAAAUGAGAGACCUCUCCUAGCAGGGAAUAUUUUUCCUAGUAUCCUAAGUAUCCUCAGAAAAAAGUGUGUAAAUUCGUAAGAUCAGAAUUGAUUAGUUACAGAAGUCACCACUUACCAUUAUUUUAUAUUGAAGCCUUCAUGUGCAUUCAUAUCGUCUCAUAUGAUCUUUAGGUUAUGCCCAGGUAGCUUCUUUGUUUCUUCAGAGAGUGUGUUGUAGAAGUAUGAGGACGCGCAAGACUUAGAGAUCUGCGAAGUCGGUCAUCUGAAAUGACCGAUUGCGCAAUGUAAAACAAUAGACGUGUUGACAACUCAUAGAAUACGAUCCUCUCUAAAUCAUCACGACUGAAUGUUUCAUUUUAUUUACACGUCAUCGUUUGACAGCUUAACCAAAUUAAUUAGAAAUUUGAUUCAUUGCACUCAAUGGAAACACAGAAAGAAACUCGUGGGACCUUUCAAAGCAAGCCGCGACAAACGGCGAGUAAAACGCGUGAACAAUUUUGCGUGUGAGCUGCAAAUGCCGAGUUAAAAACUAUUUUUCUUGUGAGUGAAAUAUUUGGCUAAAAGCGAGGAAAACUAAAUGCACGCCGUAACAAUUAUUCCGAAACCAAAUCUUACAUAGAAUUCUUUAGUCAGUUUGCGAAGGUUAACGCAAAAUGUUUUAGUACAAUAUUUAUUUUGCCACCGGAAGGCCUCGUUGCUUGAACGACUAUAAACUGCGAACAGUCUAUUACUUUCCUUUACAAAGCCGCGAACUGCUAAAUGCGGGCGUCUCGACCUUCACUGAUUUCACUGAAAAGCUUUGGCCGAAAACGGAAAGCGCGGGCAUGGAAAGUCUCUGGCACCCAGGGUAAAUUCUCUAUUCUAAAGUUGUUGUUUACAAUCUCGCUAGCUGGAAUAAGAACUAAACAGAUUUUAAGAGAAAAGGCGGGCUGCAAACAGUCCAGAAAGACUUUCUUAAAUGUUUGAAAUAAACACGACUUAAAAACUCGUAAUGUUGUGAGACGUGACCUUAGAGUUUGCUUGAACAACAGGGGUUUUCCUUCUUUCCCUCGUCGCGUGUUGGUCACCAUGCCGCACAUGGAGCGUUCUAAAAUUGUAUUUUUUCCGCCGCACUGAGACUUACAUUUAGCGGUCAUGAAAAUGGUCUAUGCAAAAAAAGGCGGCCUGCAAGCAGUCUAGAAAACUCUCUUAAUUGUUUGAAAUAAACAUGACUUAUAAACUAGUAAUAAUGUGAGACGUGACCUUAGAGGUCCUUAGAGUUUGCUUGAACAACAGGGGUUUUCUUUGCCGCGCGUGGAGCGUUCUAAACUUUUACUGAGCGAAUCUUAUUUUUUCCGCGACAUACAUUUCGAGGUCAAGAAGAUGGUCCACGUAUAUUGGGUAAUUAUUUUCUAAAAAUAAAGAUUCUAGUUUUUUAGCAUAGAGUUCAUGCCAUUAUCAAUAACAACCCUUUAUGAUCCAGUGUAACUCUGGAAACAACAAUAUUUUCUAAACUAGGGUAUCUAAAAGAUAGUAAUGCUGCGGCACAUUCUGUUGAUACUGGCAUUAGUUAAAAGAAUCAAAAAUGACAUUGAAUGUCCUAUUUACAUGUUGGAAAGUACUAGAAUAAUUACUAUCAGUCUAUAGAAAGAACUCGUGGGAAGGUUGUUUAGAAAAUGAUCAAGUGGUUAUCAACUCUGGUUUUCCCACAGUAAAUUGUAGGAAAUAAUAGAAAUUCAGAUCGUUUAUCCAUAUAUUUAAUAUACGGGCGCGAUAUUUUCUCUGGAAACACAAUACUUUUCUUGCUCUUUAUAAAGUGACAGUUAUUUAGCUAUAUAUUUAUUGAAAACAACAACACAAAAAACGGAAAAAAAAAGAAAGAAGGAAUAUAUAAUUCAGUAGGACUUGAACCCGGUACCUUUAACUCGACGCGACUACUCCUAAUCACUACACCACAGAGGCUGAUUACGUAGUCCUUAGGAAAAGUCUUUCAUUUUAUUCCUUUUCCAUGAAAAUUCCGCCGGCAAGAUGAUCGCCAGCCGCAUUAACCGAGCUAUAUUCCAUGGCAAUAAAUGAAUGAAAGAACAUAAUUAUGCUUUUCAAAACGCCGAUAAACGUCCUCGUCUGCAAAGUAGGACCCAAAACAUAUGUUUUGUUAUCUCGAUUUCCGCUGUUAUUUUGAAGCGAAUGGUCAAAAUCACAUCCAUUUUCGGCUCAUACAGUUUCUUAAGAAUAGCAUUGCAUGACACUUUCUCACUUUCACAUCACGUUCUAGCAAGCUGGAAUUUGUAUAUUCUAUUCCCCGUGUUGCGGAGUCGAAGAGCAAAUGCUCAUCUUCUCGUCAGGUUUAACACCUGGACGAGUCAAAGGCUCUUGAAUUGACAUCCAAUCCCCAAGUUAACCAUCGUACUCAUCCGGAAAGACUCCUGCGUGUCUUAAAAUUUGGUAAGACCUCUAACCGUGCUGUAGAAAAUUUGCCACAAAGAAAAGUCUGAGCAGCGAACGAUGCACUCUCUCACCCACCGAACUAAGUUCCCCGUGUUUUUAUUUGAGUUGUUCGUGGCGCAAUGCACUCUGGUUAAAUGCAAUGCAUUGUGGUAAAAAGUGUGGUUAAAUGCAAUGCAUUGUGGUAAAAAGUGAUGAAUUCGAGAAUUCGUCGCCCCUUAUAUAUUUCCUUUAAAUCCUGAUUAUGUUGCUGCUCGCUCCCUUCGGUCGCUCCGCAGCAAUGACCGAUUGUCAGUAAGAGAAGUAUAAUGCCAAAAACCCAUUCCCAAAACCUACUCACUUAAGAUGACCAUUAGAUAACUUUACAGGUGAAUUAAAAAUGUGAUGAAUUUCUAACUCACAGAAACACGGGCGACACACGUAGUGUUCUGUUGCAUUUCACAAUUUGCACUUAGGAGUCGCAGAUCAUCAUGGCAUUAUCAAAAACCUACUCACUCACGAUGACUGUUAGAUAAGUUUGCAGGUGAAUUAAUAAUGCCAUGAAUUUCUAACUCACAGAAACACGGGCGACACACCUAGUGUUCUGUUGCAUUUCAAAAUUUGCACUUAGGAGUCGCAGAGCAUCAUGGCAUUAUUAAAAACCUACUCACUCAAGAUGACUAUUAGAGAAGUUUGCAGGUGGAUUAAUAAUGCCACGAAUUUCUAACUCAUAGAAACACGGGCGACACACCUAGUGUUCUGUUGCAUUUCACAAUUUGCACUUAGGAGUUGCAGAACAUCAUGGCAUUAUCAAAAACCUACUCACUCAAGAGGACUUUUAGAUAGGUUUGCAGGUGAAUUAAUAAUGCCAUGAAUUUCUAACUCACAGAAGCACGGGCGACACACCUAGUGUUCUGUUGCAUUUCACAAUUUGCACUUAGGAGUCGCAGAUCAUCAUGGCAUUAUCAAAAACCUACUCACUCAAGAUGACUGUUAGAUAAGUUUGCAGGUGAAUUAAUAAUGCCAUGAAUUUCUAACUCACAGAAACACGGGCGACACACCUAGUGUUCUGUUGCAUUUCACAAUUUGCACUUAGGAGUCGCAGAACAUCAUGGCAUUAUCAAAAACCUACUCACUCAAGAUGACUAUAAGAUAAGUUUGCAGGUGAAUUAAUAAUGCCAUGAAUUUCUAACUCACAGAAACACGGGCGACACACCUAGUGUUCUGUUGCAUUUCACAAUUUGCACUUAGGAGUUGCAGAUCAUCAUGGCAUUAUCAAAAACCUACUCACUCAAGAUGACUAUUAGAUAAGUUUGCAGGUGAAUUAAUAAUGCCAUGAAUUUCUAACUCACAGAAACACGGGCGACACACCUAGUGUUCUGUUGCAUUUCACAAUUCGCACUUAGGAGUCACAGAACAUCAUGGCAUUAUUAAAAACCUACUCACUCAAGAUGACUAUAAGAUAAGUUUGCAGGUGAAUUAAUAAUGCCAUGAAUUUCUAACUCACAGAAACAUGGGCGACACACCUAGUGUUCUGUUGCAUUUCACAAUUUGCACUUAGGAGUUGCAGAUCAUCAUGGCAUUAUCAAAAACCUACUCACUCAAGAUGACUAUUAGAUAAGUUUGCAGGUGAAUUAAUAAUGCCAUGAAUUUCUAACUCACAGAAACACGGGCGACACACCUAGUGUUCUGUUGCAUUUCACAAUUCGCACUUAGGAGUCGCAGAACAUCAUGGCAUUAUCAAAAACCUACUCACUCAAGAUGACUAUUAGAUAAGUUUGCAGGUGAAUUAAUAAUGCCAUGAAUUUCUAACUCAGAAACACGGGCGACACACCUAGUGUUCUGUUGCAUUUCACAAUUCGCACUUAGGAGUCGCAGAACAUCAUGGCAUUAUCAAAAACCUACUCACUCAAGAUGACUAUAAGAUAAGUUUGCAGGUGAAUUAAUAAUGCCAUGAAUUUCUAACUCACAGAAACACGGGCGACACACCUAGUGUUCUGUUGCAUUUCACAAUUUGCACUUAGGAGUAGCAGAACAUCAUGGCAGUAUCAAACACCCACUCUUGAAUACACAAAGAUAGAUGAAAAAGUAGAAUUUCUUCUUAAAGUUAAAUGUCGCCCUUUAAACAAACAUAAUUGUAGUGUUUUCUGUCAAAAAAAUUUCACUUUUCUUUAAGACCUCUGUAUGCCUAAUCACAUUUGCAAAACAGUUUCGAGAUCAGCCUUUAUGAAAAAAAAACAUUAUUAGCCAUUGAAAAGUGACAGGAAUUGAAGUGAAAGGAGAAAAAAUUGAAUUUAAAUAAGGGAGAAACAAUGGGCUUCAAAAACUAUGUCCCACAAUAAUUACAAGAAAAUGAUAUUUCAACAAACAAUAAACUGGUUAACUGACCUCAUUUCUCACAAUUUGCUUUGCAAGUUGGUAUACCGACUUUGUUAUUUAAUAAAAGCGAGUCAUACCCAUUGUUACUUGGUUGUUUCCUGAGUGAAGGAUGUGUACAGAGAUUUUGGAUUGGCGGGCUAUUUUGGGGAAUUGGCGGACUAUUCGAUUUUGGCGCCAAUGGACAGAACCCUUGAAUCAAAAUGAACUGAUCCAGUCGACCACUCUUGAAAUCCGCUUCUAGAAACAGGAUUUAGCUAAAGGACCUGUGGCGAAUGAUAUCGAGCGACAGCGGACCAAAAAGCCCCCUCCAUCGACGGCACGGAGAACCAACUCAUACAAGCAAGAACGCCAUCUUGUCAGAUUGCUUAAAUUCCUCGCUAAGACUCUUGACUGAAUCGGAGGAGCCGAACAUGCAUAGCUUUCCAUUACAUAGGCUGGAAUUCAAAGCAAUGAUACCAAGUCUUUUCGGUAUCCAGCGAAGGAGAAAAAAACCUGGCGCAAUAGAAUAGACGAGGAUCGUCACAUAUGUACACCGCCAUCACUCGUGGCUCUCACUCUCAGGAAUCUUCUGACAAAGCAUCGUGGCAGAUCCAGCGCGAUAUACCAAAAGCAUACCAUAUAAAGUAAAAUCCAAUUAAUUUCAUUGUAGGAUGGGUUAUACUUUUAGUUGCACAAUCCUUUUUUCCACUUGCUGAUUUGUUUCUUUGUUUUGACAUUACGACGCAUAAAUAAAAACUGCAGGCAACCGCAUGCCUAAAAAGCGGCUCAAUAUUUACACUGGACUCCGUGUCUUCGCUACAGAUCGGCUAUCGUGAGAUAGCACCGGCCAGUCGCAAUAGGCAAAAUCUCGUUUAGCCUUGAAGCAUUUCAGUUUGAAAGGGAAAAUAUAUUUUUGAAAAGACAAUUCGUUCUUCCGCUUUAUUUCCUGAUCAUUGCUGUCCGCGCGUCCUGGCGCGUGGAUUCCUCGUGCUGAAAUCUGGCAAAAAAUUAUCUAGGACCAACUUGAAGGUUUUGCAAGGCAUACACUUUACUAUAAGCAAAAUUGUUUUAAUUUUGCUUUAUUUUAAUUUUUAUAAUGGAUAGCGUUGUAUUUUCAUCUGGUUUUUACUAUCUUGAACUCGUUCUGAGCUUUCAAAAGGAUUACUACUGUAGUGGCAUAUGACAGGGUUGACACCUUAUCGGAUUACGUUUUUUGGCCAGAAAUUAAUGUACUAAUUAAAUUCCCACAGCAGGAAAUUCUCUUGUCACCUUUUGAAAACAAAGCGUCCGUAGCAACUAAGAAAUCAUGCUGAUCGCAAAAAAAAGUCCCUUGCGGAUCUCGUUGUCAUCCGAGCAGGUUCGUUGGACUGUAGCAGCAUAUCAUAGUAGUAGCAGGGUUGCCACUGAAGUUUGCCACUAUGAUCCGGCUAUUCACUACCACAACAUUGUCCUCUAGGUGUUUGUAAGCAGAGGAGCUUAGUAGCAUACCCACUCCACCACGCAACUCUUCCUCCAACACGAGGAAGUGGCCAAGAUCCAGCCUUUGCCGACAUCAGUAUACUGUACGUCCCCACUCUCAUGAAGUUUCCGAUGUUCCUGCAAACAAACAACAGAUACUCCUUUCCCCUCUGCCAGCUUGGUAAGGUGGUAGGUAAUACUUUAUUUAAAUAUUCAUAUCACAAGAGAAACAAGGUAGCCUCAACAUCACUUGGCUGGUUUCCAUGAGGGCGUGUUAACGCACAAAAAAGCGAAUUUAAAUUCCAAAACUAAUACUAAAAUUUCUUAUGCUACUACUACUACUAUUUCUAUUACAUUUAAGUUUAUCAAAAGUUAACGACUAAUAAGAUACACAGCUUGUCAAUACCCAACUAUAAUCUAAGGAGGCUUUUAAAUGAAGAGGUUGACUCAGCGAUCUUUGCUUUAUUCGGGAGCUGGUUCCAAAGCAUAGCACCGCUAAAUUUAAAACUCCUUUUUAGAAACUCUCUUUUCGGUUUAGGAAGUGUUAGAUCAGUAUCCGUGUCACGUAGAUGGCUCGACAUUCCUUCUCACGGAGGAGUUCAGCUUAGGCCGGGGGUGGUGUGAUCAUUUAAUAUUUUAUUCAUUAAAAUUGACUUUGCACAGCACCGUCGAUUAUCAAGUGUUUGCCAAGAAAGAGAAUCAAUUAAGUCUGCGGAGCUAGUAUCAUAACUGGCACCUGUGCGAACUCUAGCAGCACGUGACCGAAAUCUGCCGCAGGUGUCCCACAAAGGAGUACAAUACUCAAAAUAUGGCUGAACUAAGCCCUUAUAAAUUGUUUCCAGAGUAGCUACGAGAACAAAAUUUUUGAUGCGCCCCAUGGCUCAUGUACCCGCCCUAACCUUUUUACAGAUGGUAUCAACAUGACAGUCCUAGCCAAGCUUUUUCAUCUAUGUGAACACCUAGGCACUUAUGUGCACUAGUUCUCGAUAUAGGUUGAUCAUAGCGCAUCAUUUACCACAACAGGUUGCUCACUUAUCUUAUUGUUCAGAUUGUAGGACCGGAGGACCCAAUUAACAAGAGUUUUGAUUUAGACGGAUGCAGUUGAAGUUUAUUCUUGAUGAGCCACGUUUGAACUUGAGCAAGAUCAGAAUUAAGCUUCACGAUAAGUUCGUUUGCAUCGUGAGAGGAAGGUCUCCAAUCUUCUCAUUGGAGUUGAGUGAACGGAUGUUACAGCUGAUUUCAUUGCUAUGUAUACACCCGGAUUUGCAGAGAUGAUUCGACGGUCAUGCAGGGUCAUGAUUCGACCUGUCAUGAUUCGACGCUAAUAACGUGACGUAUGGCUUCGCAGUACGUAAACGGUUGCAAAAAUAACCUCAGGCGACAGUUCUGCCGUGGGAUACGAAACAGCGAGAGAAACAUCUGGCUGGCAAGGAAAGCUUAUCACCAAAAGACAUAACUGUAACGAAGCUAGAAUCCCGAUAAAUGCGUUUUGCCUGAAGAGGAAAGCUUUGUUGCGUGGAAAGCGGCGACAUGAUAUAAACGGCUACCCGUGAUAAACCUGGAGUUCGAUUGCCGAGUGCGAAUGUAUUUCUGUAGGCGAUUUCAUAAUGGACGGAAUAUUAUCAAUACGGCGAAAAGCGAAAUAGUCAGAUGUUUUAUCGUUUAGUGUUCUUCCGUAUGACAAGGUUUCGGUAUUCUGCCAUCGGUGAAAACGCGCAAUUUGCAUGUAACAGUGAUGCAAAUUUAGUUAACAGGGAGGCAAGUUUGUAUUUCCUGAAGUUGGUACUUUUUCGUCCUUACUUAGCUUCUGCAGAAGUUUUGUUUUGUCGACCAUUGAAAAAUAUCACAAUGUUCGGUCCGCGACCUAUGGCCAUAGUGAGCUCAAAUUUUAAUAAUAAUAAUAAUAAAAUAAUAAUAAUAACAGUAUUUAUAUAGCGCCUAUACUUUUCAGUGCUAAGCGCUUUACAAUGCUUCAAAAAGGUCUGGAUAAAAAAUAAAAAUCCUAAAAUCAUUUACAUAUAUAUGUACAUAGUCACAAAAAUACAAAAUAAAAACCUAAGAUAGUUCGUAAACUCGCUUAAUAAGAAAGGUCUUCAAUUUAGAUUUAAACUUAGAGCGGUUUUCACUUGACUGUCGAAAGGGAUUGGUUUUGGUUUUGGUUUUGGUUUUACUACGCCCUUUGGUUGGCUAGUGUAUUUACUUUGGGUUUGGUUUUACGACAGUCAAGUGAAAACCGCUCUAUUUACAUCAUUGAUCGAUCUAAUGUCAAUGGGCAAAUCGUUCCAGAGUAUAGGGGCAAUGACUGAAAAAGCCCUUAAACCGUAUGUCUUUAAGUUAUAGGGUUUAAUAACAAGACGCCACUUGUCUGAAGAUGAGCGAAGGUACCUCGCAGGUUCAUAAACAGGGAUUAGGUCAACCAAAUAAUCAGGAGCUAAAUUGUUGAGUAUCUUAAAACAAAUAAGAUUAAUCUUAAAGAUUAUUCCUGGCUCCACUGGUAGCCAGUGCAACUCCUUUAGAGUAUCACUUAUGUGAUCAAACUUACGUAAGCAGGCAAUCACACGCGCUGCAGCGUUUUGGACACUUUGCAGUUUGCUAAUUUCAUACUGAGGGGGACAUGGAGGUUUACGGUAUUGCGGUAUUGGGCUUU